AUGAUACCAAAAGCUAUGAGAUUCUACCGCCAGGGGGGGCUGCUCUGUGGAUCGGCCGACGGCAACGCCCAUCACUGUGUGUACGAUAUCGACCAGAGACAAUGGAUCAGUGUUUCUACAACCGCCCCCUGGGACUCGCCCCUGAUGCGCCAUGAUCAUGACGAUGCGUUUGACGACGCAUGGGAGGCGCUUGGCGUCCAGGCCGAAGAGCUGCUAGCAGAACACAUCGACACUGUAGCCGCUGGUGUCAAAGGAAUUGUUGUCGAGGUCUCGGGCAAGUUGAGAUUCGUCAAGCAAAGCUGCCUUGGGAUGGAUUACUACAACAGCCGUUCGACUCUAUAUCCGCUACUUGAAUUAUACCAGCUGCCCCAGGGCACGUUUAAAACCAUUCUCCGGUCAGACAUCGCGGAGCUUGACCGUUUAUCUCCCGGCGUCGAUCUGGUUUCAUAUGCCGGAAUGGAAAAGGGCGUGUUCAAGUACGCCGCCUAUCACCCCAACGGUUUCGGCGAUACAUGGAUGGAAUUCCAGAUUCAAGCUCGUCUCCCCAAGCACCCAAACAUUCUGCCCGUGGACUGCCUCGUUCUCGACGAGCAGACUGGGAAGCGUUACAUUGGCUACACCGCCCCGUUCAUCGAAGGCGGCGACCUUGGUACCAACAAGAAUCGGCUGUUCAAGCUCAAGCAUCUCAGGCAGCUGAUGGAGGUUGUCGACUUCCUGAACUACAACCUUGGCAUCGUCCAUAAUGACAUGGCGCCCCGCAACCUCUUGAUCGACCCAUAUACCGACGACCUCAUCUUGUUUGACUUCGACGUGUCUGCAAAGAUCGGUUACGAGGUGGCCCCGAUGGAGAGGGGCAUGAGCGCAGCGAUCGUGGAACGCAACGACGUCAAGGGGGUGGUGAUGACGGUGCAUGAGCUGCUCACCAGAGACCCACGCUACGAGGGCGUGCAACUGCAUUAUCCUGACGAGACAGACCUCCUCGCCGGACCCGAGAAGUGGGUUAAGCACCCGGAGGUGCAGCUGGAAUCUGGCGUCGACACUGUCCACUACUACGACGAGCUGAUGCGUUGGGUGGAAGCCCGUCGCGAGCGCCCCAUCACGGUGUACACCGAGGCAUCCGAUCCCCUGGAAUGGCCCCGCAGAUUCCGCGACGAGAACAACCCAGAGGAGUAUGAAAUCAACUACGACCGCGACAUUAAAGCGGUGAUACACCUCAAAACCACACACACCACCAACGCUGGUCACGUGCCACGCUCGUUGUGA